CCAUGUGGCCCCGCGCACGCCGCGCCCGAUGAUAUCAAGAUGGCGCCGCUCACGGACCUGGAUGGUGUGUGGGGAAAGCCAACUUCAACCCUGGAUUGGUGCGAAGAGAACUACGUUGUGACGCCGUACAUUGCCGAAUUUUGGAACACAGUGAGUAAUGUAGCCAUGAUUGUUCCACCAAUUAUGUCCAUGAUCUACCUCUCAUUCUGCAAUGUGGAGCGACGAUUCUACUGGGCUUGUCUUGCCUUCCUCUCUGUUGGUCUGGGUUCCUGGUGCUUCCAUAUGACCCUGCUGUAUGAAAUGCAGCUCUUAGAUGAACUGCCAAUGAUAUGGGGGACAUGUGUGCUGGUUUAUGCUUUCUAUGAAAGCAAUGCCCAGCCCAAGAGUCAUAACUAUCCCCUUGCACUAUUACUCCUUGUGUAUGCAACGUCAGUCACUGCUAUUUAUAUUCUCACCAAACAGCCUAUCUUCCAUCAGACAGCCUAUGCACUUCUGGUCUUGGCGCUUGUGUUCCGGGGCGUAUAUUGUAUUGUUGUCAACAAGCAGGAGUAUUCAGGUUUCCUGUUUGUGUAUUCGCUGGUGAUAUAUGCCACUGGGUUCUUCUUGUGGAAUAUAGACAAUGUUUUCUGCGCACAACUUAGGCAAUCUCGAGAGUCCAUUCCUGCUCCAGCCAGUGCCGUCUUGCAGCUCCAUGGGUGGUGGCAUGUCUUGGCUGGGCUAGGUACCCACGGACACAUCAUGUUUAGCUGCUAUUUACGAAACAGGUUCCUGAAACGCAAGGCCACUGUAUGGCAACUUGGCAUUCUACCUUUCGUGUCUGUAGGGAAGGCUGAAUGAGCACCUCAACCACACACGCUGUACCAGCGCUACGCCUAUAGAUUGAUUGCACUCGGCAGCCAUCUUGGAGGUGUGUUUUGUUGUGUUAAUCCAUUAGCAAUGAAUGCACAAGAGGUCUGCCCAUGCGUAUCCCUGUUGAACAAAAGCACACACCUCAAACAUGGCUGCAGUGUAAACGCUGUAUUUACAAGAUGGUGCUGAUGAAUUGCAAAUAUCAUCACUUAUGCCAAGAGCCGUUACCCUCUUGGAAACUGAGCCCAAUUUUGUGGAAAUACUGUCAAGCAGACUUAUGAGCUCGGCAAAAAUUAGCUGAGAACCAGUGAAUAGCCAUGUGGACUUAUGACAUUUUGGCUGGUAAUAAUUUUUUGCUAAGCAAAUUAUAAUUUAUAUCUGUGCUCAGUAGCUCCAGGAAAUUGACCCCUGAUACAUAACAGUGCACACACUCUUGUUUUACUAUACUCUCAAGGACAAUGCUUUGUGUUUCCCUUUGUCCUUGUAAUAUGACACUCUCCUAUAGACUAAGCACACGAACCUACUACAGAGGACCGUUUCCAACAAAAGACCCAACUCCUGAGGACUGAAAGGAUCUGUUGUUCUCCCUUUGUGUGUCGGUCCUUGGGGGUAAUGUAGAGCACGUACACAGGGUGUUACUAGUUGGUGGUGUCAGUGAUGAUUUGCAGUUGUAGUUUAUCAUGCAGGGACGAUAAAACUUCUGCUUUUAUUUUAAAAGCUUUACCGUAGCAUAAGAUUUGAAGAGAGAGAUCUAGCAAAAUUUGGAAAUUGGAACCACGUUUGUCACUUAAGACACCCAGAGUUGAAUGACGUCUAUCAGAGUAAUUAUGGAUUGGUGGUGGAUUUAUUUUUUAAUGUAGAACAUAAGUUGGGACUUUGAGAGUGAGAUAGAUAGCAUUUAUAACAAUUCAAUAGUCUUAGUAAAUCUGUCAGAAAGUUUUAUUAAUUCGUCAGUGAAUAAAUACAAUGUAAUACAAUGUAAUACAAUGUAAUACAAUGUUAUACAGUCAAUGCAUGCCCUAAUAGAGUUAACAAGUCUUGCUUGUUUAUUAUUUCCCGCCCGAAGCUGAUAGCGCAGAACUGCAAUACUUAGCAAUAUUAACACAGAUUGUUCAGCAAUAUUAUCACAGAUUGUUCCUGCCCGAAGCUGAUAGCGCAGAACUGCAGUCAUACACAAAAAGUAAAAAAGAAAUAAGUAAUGCAAACAGGAAUCAUGACUUUUGAAGCAAAGGCAAAAAAGAGACCAAGAUAUGAUUAACAAAAUAUAAUUAAUUCUCCCAAAUUAAUCAACAAGUCAAUGUGUUACAACAAGCAUUGCAAAAUAUCUCUGUGAAGUUGCCUCUUAGGCUGUAUGUUGGGGAUACAUUUCAGGAUGAAUCUGAAUUUUCAUGUUUUAUUGUAAUAAAUUUAUAAAAAUGAUAUAAAAUAGUAUCACUAUAUAUAAUUUUUCUUUCUUGUAUUGAAUUGACAACAGUACUAGUUCAGUACUUAACAUUGUAACAGGUGCUUUUGCUUUUAUUGAGGUACUAAAUAAAAUAAACAGAAAAGAUUAGACACCACAAA